AUGGUUGGUCUGUGUCUAGCCGAUUUCAUCUACCUCGCUGACCUAUCACUAGUUGCUGCCACUUCUCUGAAUAUGAAGAGCUGGCCAUUCGGAUCAGCCUUGUGUCACUUUUACCACGGUACUGAAACUACGGGCAAAUAUGCUUCGGUGCUUUUCGUCGUACUACUAGCAGCUGAUCGGUACUUGGCUAUGUGUAAGAGUGAUAUAUGUGCGCGAUUCAGGAACUACCGUGUUGCUGUGAUCGGCAGCACCGCAGCUUGGGUGACAGCAAUUGCAUGCAGUUUGCCGUUGUACCUUUACGCCAAAGAAGUGGGUUACGCAUUGAGUAGUGUUGAAGACGAAUUAUUGGCAUCGCUCAACGCUGAACAGUUCGCAUCGCAGACAAACUAUCAGUACGAGGACCGCUUCUAA